CUUAUUUAUUCCUUUUUCAAUAAAUAAUUACAAUGUUCUCUAAAUCAAUAAUUUAUUCAAUAGUUAACCCAGCUUUAAAUUACAUUUAUAAAUGUAUCUAAUUAAACCGCCCAAAGUUCUUUAUAAAAAUUAUAAAUUAAUAUUAUGUUAAUCUUUAAUUAUGGACACAACAAUAAAUAGAAUCAACGAUUGUGUAUUUGAUGAUGAUGAAAUAUUCGAUGAUUCUACUCUUCUUGCAAAUUUGGAGCGCAGUGGUUUCAUGUCCAAUAACAAUGAUAUUAACGAAAAGAGUUUACUUAACGUGAGUGCUUUAUGUUGUGAUGAAGAAUUAAGUGGAUAUGACAAACUAACAGGCAAAACAUGGAUCUAUCCUACAAAUUACCCAGUACGGGAUUAUCAGUUCAAUAUCAUACAAGCUGCUAUUCUGAAGAAUACCUUAGUAAGCCUUCCAACUGGAUUGGGAAAGACUUUCAUAGCGGCUGUGAUAAUGUACAACUUUUACCGUUGGUAUCCUCUGGGCAAGAUUGUGUUUACUGCCCCUACAAGACCUCUAGUUGCACAGCAAAUAGAAGCAUGCUACAAUAUUGUUGCAUUACCACCAAAGGACACCAUAGAAAUGACAGGGCACAUGCAAGUGAGUACUAGGAAAGUACAUUGGCAGACAAAACGAGUAUUUUUCGCAACACCACAAGUUAUAUACAAUGACAUUAAAUCCGGUAUCUGUCCCAGCGACAGGCUGAGGUGUCUAGUCAUUGAUGAGGCCCACAGAGCAAGAGGGAACUAUGCAUACUGUCAAAUAGUAUCCACGUUGAGUGAGAUGGGCCACAAAACGUACAGACUUCUUGCAUUGUCCGCAACACCUGGUAGCAAAGUGGACGAUGUUGUAAAUGUGGUUAAGAAUCUGAACAUUGCACAUUUGGAACUUCGCACAGAGAUCUGUAUAGAUGUGGCACCAUACAGCCACUCACGAAAAAUAAACACUGUUGUCAUUAAGCUGGGUCCGGAAUUGUCACAAUUGAGACAACAAUAUGUUGAGAUUCUUGAUGGCUACGCAAGAAGGCUCAAGCAACUCAACAUUUUACCCUAUAAUUUGGGUAAUCUGUCAAAAGGGCGUGUUGUUAUGUUGUACAAGGAAUAUCAGACCAAAGAUCGAGGCGCGAGGCAUCCUCAGCAUAACAUGAUAAUGAGAGACUUCAUGCUCCUUAUUGCUCUGUACCACGGGCUAGAGCUGCUCAUAAAACAUGGCUCCAGGGUUUUCCUCAACUUCUUCGACGAGCAUCCGGAGAAGACCUGGAUACAGUCUGAUGAUGCGCUCACGGCACUGCUAGAGCGGCUCAGGGACGACCUCGGGAUCAAUCCCCUGUCGCUCAACAGAAGUAUUCUACCUGAUGGUAGCAUACCAGAGAUACCAAAGAGUAUUAGUUUUGGCCAUCCGAAGUUUGACAAGCUGAAGGAAAUCAUGUUGAACCAUUUUAAUAGAGCGAAACAAAACGGACAGGAGACUAAGGCAAUAGUAUUCUGCGAGUACCGGGAGAGUGUAAACUUGGUGCAUUGCUUGCUGCUGCAGUGCCGGCCGCUCAUUGUGCCACAGAUGUUCGUGGGCCAGGGUGCCUCCGGCAAGGAAGGUAAGGCGGUCGUGUCACAGAAGCAACAGCUUCGCGUGAUGCGCAACUUCCGCGCGGGGGCGUGCAAUGCGCUCGUGUGUACGUGCGUGGCUGAGGAGGGGCUAGACAUCGGCUCCGUUGAGCUCAUCGUGUGCUUUGAUAUCUCUACCAGCUCACCCGUCCGGCUGGUGCAAAGAUGCGGUCGAACCGGGCGGGAACGAGACGGUCAGGUGUUCAUCCUGGUCACCGAAGGUCGAGAGCAUCAGACUUUGAUGGAUUGCAUGCGACAACGUGACGGCUUGAACAAGAAGAUAUUACAUUCACAAGAAGUGAAUAACAAUCUCUACAAAGGCAAUCCACGGAUGAUUCCACGGGAGUUCAUGCCGCAGUGUCGUAAGAUGCAUAUCACUGUUAAGACAGUCGAUGGCAACGAAAAGAAACAAGAAAAAGCUAAAAAGGGUCAGAAAGAUCUCCGAAGUAUGCUGGGCCGAAAGUCGUCAAGCAGUUCAAGUAUAUCUUUAAAAGAUUUUGAGAUUGGAGACUUCAUAUCGGAAACAGAAUUCAAUGACAUAUACCCGAACGGUUUCAGAGAUACAAACAGACGUAGCGAUCCAAUUGAAUACUGGAAGAUGAAUAAAGCUCAAGUCGAAAAUGUCAGUAAAGAAGAGUGUGGUUUUGGAAUGUCGACGUGGCUUGAAUGGCAGCGGACAUCGCAGAAGACAAUUAACGUGGGGCAUUCCGUGGACACUGAUAUUAUGACGUCACUUCUACAGUAUAGCGACGCUAAGAGAUUCAACGCGCCGGCCUCAACACAGAAUCCAACAUUCAAUACUCAAGACUUAGCCGCUCAAGAUGUGCAAAAACAGUCCCCAAUUAAAUCGAAGCAAACUAGAAAAAGACAAAGGCUACCUUUGAUUAAAUCACCUGGUAAAAAAGACGGAGACAUCAGAGCCCUGUUUAGUACUGCUACUAAAUCUACCAAGAAUUAUACAAAAUUAUUAAAUGAUUUAGGUAUUCAAAAUGAUGGAAAAAUACCUACAAACAUUAUAAAUUUACUUGUUGAUCUUAAUUUUGAAAGCACGAAUUUUACUAGACAAUGUUUAAUAUGUGCUACCAUUUGUGAUUGUCAAUUAUUAAAAAAUAUACAAAAGAAACAUGAACACAAAACAUCUGUUGUUAAUGGGAAAACAUUAAAACUACCAGAUUUAAAUCUAAUCGACGACAUUAGUAUCGAAUCAAUUUUAAAUGUAGGCAAAGUGAAAUCACCGGAAUAUAAUUCAUUUAUUAAUGACGUAGAGAUCAAAAGUCCUGUUUUUCAAUGUAAAUUAAAUCAAAGUAGUAAUUUUGAUCUUGAAUUUGAUUUUGAAGAGUCCGACGAAUCUUCCAAAGCAAUUACAGAAAGUAUAACGAAAAUUGAAAGCAAUACUGUUGAAAAUAAUUUUGAUAUUGGUGAUAUCGAAGACAUAUUUGCUAAUAGUAGCCCUGAACAAAAUCUAGAAAAAGAAACAGUAGUGAAAAAGUCUGAAGAUCCAAAGGAAACAUUAGGUUUCUUUGGUCUUAAUAGUAUAGAUGAUAUAUUCGCUGAUUCUGUUGAUAAUAUUAACGUUAAGGUUAAUAAUGUACCCGAUAUACCUAAAAUAGAUAAUAAAGAUUUAACUGCCGAUAGAAAGCGUUCACAGCUAUUAAAUGAACAGAGUCAAGCAAAUGUUGUAAAUAAAAAUCCUCCAAUAAUAAAAAGUCCGUCAAUAUUAUCGGGAAAUAUAAGACUUGACACCGAAGUACCUACAUCUCCAAUACUUUCUAGUCAGCCUCGUAAAUUUGUUCUAAGUACUAAAAAGAAAUCUAUGCAAUGUUCUACACCAGUUAGUUGCGUUAAAAGGAAGCUAUCUAUGGAACCCGAAGUAUUGCAACUAAUAAAUAAGUCAGAAGAUAUAUCAAACAAAUGUAUUGAAACAAAAACCAAUAUCAGUAAUAAUAGAAGUAUGUUCACAAUAACACAACUUGUUGAAAUGAUAAAUAAGAGUAAUAACGAUAGUAAUAUUAAGAAUGAUAUGAUUGUAAAUAAUGAAGCUGAAGCUGUAGAAAGAUGUGGUUCACCGGUAAUUUUAACGCAAGCAGAGAAGAAAUUUAGAAGCAGUAGUUGCCACAUAGAUAAUAAUAAUUCUCAAUAUAGGAAACACGACAGUCUUAUUAUUUUGGACAGCGACAGUGAUGAUAAUACUCAACCAUACAAUGCUCACAUAUCUGAACAAAUAAACGAAUUGAGUGAGUUGAAUAAUGUUAAAUCGUUAAGUCCAAACUACAAAAGAAAAUUGGAAGACGAUGACAAAAUAGCGGCCUCGCCUUACUUCCCUAAAAGGCAAAAACUUGAAGAAAGUAAUAAGAAAUCAUUAACAUUGCAAGAAAAAGUUUUGGCUGCGCUGUCGUCUAAUAAGUUUAACGAACCGUUUGAAAAAAACAAAAGAGAUACAAAUUGUAUGUUUUUCUCGCAGAAAGAAAAUAAGAAUCCGUUAAAUUGUGUAUACAAAAAGAAUAACAGUGAUGAUGAGAGCAAAAGCCGUUUGGAGGUCUUACAGGCGUUCCGUCGAGACUCAAAACCUAAUACUAAAUCUAAAAAUAAAAGUUUCAAUAAAAACAAUAGUUUGUUGAUAAACAAAAGUUUUGAUGACAGCGAUGACGACUUUGUAACAAGUCAACACAACUUCAGAAGUGGGAUAUGCACAAACGGCGCAGUGAGAAGUAAACGCAAAACCAAUCAUAAAGUGAGAAAAAAAACCAAAGCGUCAGAAUUCCUGGAUCUAGAAGCGGAGCUAUCCUCGUCAGCGAGCGGUGAUGAGCUGAGCGAUACAAGCGCGGGGAGUCUUGUGGAGUUCAUAUGCGAUGAUGAUAAUGACGUCACUGUUGAUAACCACGUGGACAUGCGCGCGCACUACAUGCAGUCCGUCAAGAGCCCGAUGAAAGGCAUGUUCAAGAUUCCUGAACUGCCCAAGAAGUUCGAUAAAGCUGAGGUUUUCUCGCAGUUUGUGGAAGAAGAAGAUGCUUACGAAAUGGAUAGUUUUUGUGUGGACUCGCACAUAGGGCUGACCCAAGUCCACGAAAUGUCAGAUCUUGAGGUGGCAGAGUUGGUGCUGGAGAAUAAAAGACGCAAGAGAGCUAAUAAUAAAGUGAAUUAUGAAUCAGAUGUAAAUAAUGAGAGCGUGGUGGUGAAAAGAAGACCAAGAGUGAGACGGCGUAUACAUAGCGACUCUGAUGAAAGCAGUUAGCGUUGUGUUACUUAUAACGUCCUUAAUAUUAUAAUAUUAUCCAUGAAACUGAUUACGCGUGAUAGCCAGUAAACCGUGGCUAGUGGAAAACGGUCAGAUUUUAUUUUGUUAUAAGAAUAUUAUGAUACAAGUGACCUAAAUUGCUCAUCAUACACAACGCUGUCGGUUGUCGCAGAUCAGCCGAGUGACUAGUAAGCAAGAUACUCACGAUUUCCAUACUCAAUUUUUCAACACACUUGCAAGGAAAAAACAAACAUGUAUUGCAUGAACCGUUCAAUUAUGAAAUUAAUUUGUGAAUACAAAAAAACGAUAUUGGAUUGUUUUUGAUGGUAUUUUCACAGUUUGUGUUACAUUGGUACUAGCCAGUAAGUAUUUUCUGAGAAUAACGAGUGUUACACAUUUAAAUAAAACACUUUAAAAGUGUAACUUCAACGUAAAAAUCUGAUGCAAAAAUAAUUACAAUUACACACGUUUCAAUCCUUUAAAAGUGUUUUAUUUAAAUAUACUUGCCACUUCUUUAGUACCUGCAUUUACUUCUUGUGUAUAUGUUUUUUCGUCUUAAUUCGGGACACAUUAAAUAAUUUCAAAUAUGUAAAUGGAUUUUCAGCGGCACAAUACCUCUUUGUUGUUACAAAAAACUGUAUAACCCGGUUAAAUUGAAAAUACUCUGUUUACUCUCAUAUAAUUUUUUAUUAGUUUACUUUGUAGGGAUACGUCUAUUAUGUACUAGCAUGUAAGUUGUUAAACACGUGUAUUAACAUACAUGAGUUCGGUUCAUCGCCCUAAAAUCGAUGUAAUAAGGGGCUCUCUUUACGGGCAAGUGUGUUGAAAUAGUUAUUUAUGCAACUGUUGUGUAAUAAGGGGCAUUAAAACACGAAUGUGGGUUUAUCAUACGAGGCGAAGCCGAGUGUGAUAAUAGUAUCACAUGAGUGUUUUAAUACCUAAUUAUCAACAGUUGCAUACAAGACUUUAUCUGCACCCAGAAUUUGAAUCCUCUAAAAGAUUCUGAAACAGCUUAUUGCUAACAUUAAAACAGCCAGUCCUAGUAGUAACCUAAUAUCAUCCAUUACUGAUUAUAUACAAAUAAACUAAGUAAAAAUGAAAGAAUUAUUUAUUUUAGUACUAAUUUACAUUUUGUAUAGUGCAAUUAUUAAAAUUCGCUUGAAUAUUAUGUUCUUUUGCAACGUUUAAAAUGAAUCGCUCAUAUUUUGUAAACAAAACAAUAAAAAUAUCGAAGAAAAAUGGCGGGGAUUCGAAUAACCUACUUUUUUUUACGGCGCGCGACGCUCUGGUAGUGUGGAACGCGCGUAAACGAAAAUGUUUUUUUUUUUAAAUUCAUACAGAUACCACGCAUCGUGCAAUAAGAAUGUGGCUGUCUGUUCAAACUCUUUGAGCAUGAAGGGAUUGAAAAAAACAAAUAGGAGUGUUGUUAUGAAAUUCAGUACAACAUUACAACGCUCGUUUGGAUGAUCUAAUGGUUAUUAGAACAUUGGGUGUUUAUGUUGGCGCAAUAAGCUAACUGUUUCAGAAUCUUUAAGGAGGAUUUUAAGAGGAUUUAAAGAAUCGGUGUAAAUAAAAUAGAUUUUCACUAGACAAUUUCUUAUCUCAUAUAGCGAAUAGCAACAUGAACCUCAAGCAAGUGAGCAUCAUGUUAUGUACAUCAAUUGUCGUAUAACACGUUCUAUUCCCAUAGACCCGUUCCCCAUAGAGAGAAAAAAUACGACGCAAGAAACAUUACUACUCCCCAUUAGUAAUCGGUGACUGUGUCUUUCACCGCAUGUUCAGUUAAGGUGUAGUGGACGAACGCCUUUAUGAAUAUUUUUCUUAGGAAAGGUUCACAAACUAGAUGGUGUUAGUUGUGAUGUUGUGUGUGGUUUUUUCAAAGUUUACUCGAGUGCGCGCAGAGAUUAUUAACAAAUAACGUAAACUGAUUUUAUAUAUAAUUGUUCCGUAAUGUUAUAAUAUUAGCCGCAACCUAAACAUUUAGGUGGUGAGUUAAAAAUUUACGUAUUAUAAUUCUGUAAUAAUUGUAAUGUUACUUAUAUCCAGUUUAAUUGGAUGAUGUUCCUGUGAUAAUGAUUAUGUACUAUUUGUAGAUAUUAAUUAUUAUAAAUAAUACAAUUUUGCUACAAA